AUGGCCUACGGGCCGCGAGCCCUUCCAGAGCACCGGACUAAUUUCCUCCGUCUACAGUUCGGCGCCUUCCUCGAUAUAUUAUCAGAGGCUUUGGGAGGUUUGCUGAAGGCCGAGGGUGCGUACAUCUCCCUGUCUCUCGGCGACGAUCAUCACGACAUUGACAUGAUGGAAGUGGAGGAUUUCGAUGUGAUCGUUGUGGGCGCAGGCUGGAAUGGAUUGAUAUCCGCCUACACAUACCUGCAACUUGCUCCCUCAGCCAACCUCCUGGUUGUAGAUGAUGGCCAGACUGUGGGCGGCUGCUGGAGCAAGGAAAAGAUAUACCCCACGCUCUUUGCGCAAAUAAGCCAUCCAUUGUUCCAGUAUUCUUUCUUUCCUAUGCCGCGAGAAGGUGUAUCUUCGCAGGGCUACAUCCCGGCAAACACGAUCCAUGAAUAUCUGGUCAGAUUUGCCGUAGAGUUCGAUUUGAUACAGCGUAUUCGACUGCAGACGCGAGUGGCCCGCGUCGAAAAGCGCCAGGAGCCGCUGGGCUGGGUGUUGGAAACCUCGACGGGCCACCGCCUGUCCUGCGAGAAGUUGAUUUACGCCACUGGGCCUACCUCGAACCCGAUCAUACCCUCAUUCCCGCAAAAGGAGUUCGACCAACCUGUCGUCCACACCCAGUCCCUCAACCAGCAUAUGGACUACAUCCACAACCACGUACAGCGAGCGACAGUUGUCGGGGCUGCGAAGUCGUCGUACGAUGUGGUCUUUCUCCUGCUCAAGGCCGGAAAGAAAGUGGACUGGGUGAUCCGCGAGAGUCCGUCGGGGCCGUUUGCCAUCUCUGCGCCCACCUUCCUGGGUCUGUGGAGCACCGCCGAGCACGUUUCCACGCGCAUGGCAGCCAGCUUCAGCCCUUGUAUCAUGAAUACAAACGGUGGGUUGUAUAAAUUUCUUCAGCGAUCCUCCGUCGGCCGCAUCUUGACACGGGUAUAUUGGCGCACGUCGACAUUCCUCUCCGCCCAGCACGCAGGCUACUCGAAGAGUCCCAAUGCAGAAAUGCUCCGUCCACAUCCGCCGGGUUAUGGCAUGUUCUGGGGCAGCGGCGGACUCGGCAUCGUCACCGUUCCCGACUUCUGGUGCGUUUUCCACGCCGGCGACGUGACCAUGCACCGAACCGAGAUCGAGUCCCUCUCACACAGAAACGUGGUAAACUUCAAGAAUGGCCGCUCCGUCGCAACCGACAUGGUCAUCACAUGCACCGGCUACGACAAGGCCUACCAAGGCUUCAGCCCAGACCUUCAGGGCGAAUGCAACCUGUCCUACGAUCCUCACACGCAACAUCCCCGCUGGAGCAAAUUUGACGCCCGCGGUGAAGAAGAGAUCAACCGCCUGUUACCGAUGCUCCGGGUAGCCCCUAAUCCGCCCUUCAAGCGGGAUGCAGAGCCCCGGUACAGUCCCAAUCGGCACUAUCGCCGCUUGGUCGUGCCCCAUCUGGCGGCGAACGGGGACCGAUCGGUCUUCUUUCCGGGGUCUAUUCAUUCCGGAUAUACGCCGUUGACGGGAGAGGUUCAGGCGCUGUGGGGUGUUGCGUUCAUGCUGGGCUGGCUGGAUCUGCCCUCUCAGGAGGAGAUGGAGCAGGAGUGUGCUACUUUCAAUGCCUGGGCUAGGAAACGGUAUCUUGAACAGGGGAAGAAGCACGCGUACAUGGUCUACGACUAUAUUUCAUAUAUCGAUACCCUUAUGCGAGAUUUGGGGUUACGGACGAAGCGCAAGAAUAAUCCGGUUGCAGAGCUCUUGAGUCCAUACCGCCCACAGGAUUAUUGCGGGCUGAUCUCCGAGUUUUUGGAGACCAGGAACGAGAGAUUUAAACAAUGA